AUGGCAGACAGCUCAGAAGCGGGCGCCGACGCCCAAAUCACCUUUAAGGUGAAGGCCUCGAACGACAAAGUACACACAAUCACCAUAAACGAGUCGGCGACCGUUCUCGACCUCAAGACUAAGCUAGCCGGGGCUGACUAUGAGGAUACACCCGCCGACAGGCAACGCCUGAUUUACUCUGGGCGCAUCAUGAAAGACCCCGACGCUCUGAGUGUCUAUAAGAUCAAAAACCUGAACACUGUUCAUAUGGUGAAGAGUGCUCGCAGCAAUGCGCCCGCUCCUUCUACCAGUGCUCCUGGUUCAGCUUCAACCCCGGCUGCAGUCCCCCAAAACAUGGCAGCAGGCUCCAUCGCAGGCGACCCUCUUGCUGGGCUUACAGGCGCUCGGUUCGCAGGACACAUCAAUCUGCCGAGCGCCGACAUGUUUGGGGCCGAUGGCGGAAUGGGUGCCCCUCCUAACGAGGAACAGAUGGCCGAAAUGCUCUCAAAUCCCAUGAUCGCCCAAACGAUGAACGAGGCGCUUAACAACCCCAACUUCAUUGACUACAUGAUCCGAUCGAAUCCUACCCUCGCCAAUAUGCCGAACGCGCGCGAGAUGCUCCAGUCACCACACUUCCGAGACAUGAUGACCAACCCAGAGGCUAUACGUAUGGCGUCGAGAAUGCGAAGAUUGUUCCAGGGUGAUGGGAACUCUGCGUUUCCCGCCCCUGGCGCUACAGAUAACACGCCGGCAGGCGCGCCGGGCACAAGCGGGGGCACGAACAAUGCCAACCCCCUCCAGGCCCUUUUCGGUGCCGGCGGAGGUGCCGGAAACCCGUUCGGUGACCCCAACCUCUUGGCUGCUCUCUCCGGUAGCGCCCCCGCGCAAGCUCCCAAUGCUGCGAACCCUACACCUGGCUCGGCCGCAAACAGAGAUGCCCCGACGGCGGGUGCGGGUGCUCAAGGCCAGGCUGACAGCACCGCCCAGCCACCGAACCCUUUCAGUGCAUUGUUCGGUGCCGGCGGCCCGGGUUCGACCCCAGGCGCCAAUCCCUUUAACAUGCCGCCCAUCUCGCCCGAGGCUCUUCAGCAGCUAGCACAGAUGCUCGGGGGAUCGGGACCGCUCGGCGGAACCGGCGCUCCCGCAGCACCGGUAGACAACAGGCCACCGGAGGAGCGUUAUGCGGACCAGCUGCGCCAGCUGAAUGACAUGGGAUUUUACGACUUUGAUCGGAACAUAGCCGCGCUACGUCGUAGCGGUGGGAGUGUUCAGGGCGCGGUUGAGUACUUGCUGUCCGGCCCAUGA